AUGCAAUUGAUAUCAAUUGAUCUAACACAGUUGUCUUGGUAUUUUAUAGGCAAUGACCCAGAGCUCGACCCCGAUAGAGAACCACAGCCACCUCUCAAGGUUGCAGACAAGACAGCUCCUCGCUAUGGAAAGCGUGAUGCUCCUGCACAACCCCGUGGCAGCAACCCCGCUCUAUCCCGUGGUGGCCCACGAUACAGCGGUAAUGAACGUGCCCUCCGAGACGGCGCUGCCGGCUCUCGUGCCAACCGGUCUAGGCCAGCCGAAGAAGCCCCUCGCAGUGGUCCAGUUGGCGGUGUGAAGAACCGUGACCACCGUGGAAACCUCAUCCGCGAGGAUCGACGAUCAAAGACCGAUCGAACCAUCACUGGCAAGCAGCUUGACCAGGGUUGGGGUGCCCCCACUGGCGAAUCCAACAUGGUAGACGAGAAAGUUGGAGAAACUAUUGCCCAAAACGACGAGAAAGAUGCCGCUGCCGAAACUCAGGAGGGUGAACGGCAAGAGGAGAAAGAGCCCGAGCCAGAAGACAAGACCAAGUCGUAUGCCGAGUAUUUGUCCGAGCUCGAGCAGUCUAAGCGCGAAGAUCUCGGUGUCAAGGAGGCUCGCAAGCCUAACGAAGGCAGCAAGGCUGAUAAAAAAUGGGCCACCGCUAAGGAAUUCAAGCGUGAUGAGGAAGACGAUGCCUACAUUAAGGGACGCGAAGAGAAGGCUAGACGUGAGAAGCAACGCAAGGAAAAGAACAUCCUCGAUGUUGACAUGCGCUACGUCGAAGCUCCCCGCCGUGGUGGUGACUUCCGUGGCCGGGGUCGUGGCGGAGACCGUGGCGGAGGCCGUGGCGGAGACCGUGGAGACCGUGGAGGCCGUGGUGGCCGUGGUGGUCGCGGUGAAUUCCGUGGACGCGGCGGCAACGGACCCCAAGGCCCCACUGUCGACGAACAGAACUUCCCCUCUCUCGGAGGCAAAUAA